AUGAAAAUUUGCCUAUUCCCGCGUGUCUCUCGCAUUUCCCGAUUAAUUGCUGAGCACCUGCUCUCUGUCAUUCAUCGCUUCGCCUUGGAUGACUUUAUUUCUGCCUGGCGGGCUAGUCUGCCUGGUGCUUCACACUACUCAGUAGUCCGGCCUCGUUUGCAUCGACAUUUGCUCUGUCGAGGUCGGGCUAUCUGUGAAUCUCUUGUGAGUACUCCGACAUCAGGUUGUGGUGGAGGAGCUGCAGCUUCAGCCACAACUCUUUCUCGAUACUUCUUGCCUACCUAUAGCAGCAUUUCCGCCUUAGCCAGCGAGGACCUUGUCGAUUCCAGCAUGGAGGCCCGUAUUCGAACCCUGUUCUCUCUGAAAUCCUGCUGGCCAGAAGCAGAGUUAGCUGGCUACCUCGAAGACCUGGUUCCGCCACCUCCGGCCAAAGAACAAUAUGUGUUUAUUCGUCCCAGAUUUACUGACAACUGGGAAUGUCCUUCCUCUGAUGAAUCAACCAGUGCCACUUCAACUGAUAUUGAAUCACCAGCAUCAGGAGACGAAGAUUCUACUGAUAGCAAACUUCGCUCUUCUCGUUCAUCUAAUCGGCAAUUCAAGCAAAUAGUUUACGAUCAGCCUAAGCCGGUGAAUCCUGCUAUCGGUGCUAUACUUGGACGCAUUUGUAGAGCAAGCACGAUCCAAAAUGGGCAGCGUGUUUACACCGAAAAACAUGCUAAGAUGUUUUAA